GUGUUGCAUACGUUAGUAUUAGAAAAGUGAGGUUAUGUGAGAAAAUUGAACGAUUAGUAUCAAAUUUCAUGCAAAAAAUACGUACACUGAAACGUCGCGUCACGCAUUAUAUCGAUCUGAAUUGAACACAAUUUUGAGGUUAUGUUGCCCAGAAAAAUGUUAUAAUCAAGAUGUUAAUUUUGGAAUAUUUUGUAAAGUCACAGCCUUUUGACUGUGAGAAUAGCAACAUUGAAGUUUACCACUGCAAAGACUGCGAUUUUAAAACACAAUUAACUCUUGUAUUCAAACAACACGUGAAAGAACAUUGUGUUGAAAAUGAAUGCACCCCACGACCGUAUAUUUGUACAAAGUGUGGUCUUAAAACCUACUUCUCCCUCACGUGGCUACAACAUAGUGCAUCAUGUUUGAAUAAUAAAAAGAAAAAAAGUCUCACACCGUCGAUUAAAACGGUUUGGUACCGCUGUGAAAAAUGCCCAUACAAAGCUAAAACUAAAUCUCACUUAAAAAAUCACACGAUUGCUCGACAUUUGAGCGAGGACGAUAUUAAAUGGUUCGAGUGUGAAAAAUGUCCGUACAAAGCUAAACAGAAGUCUCACUUGAAGAGCCACAUGAUCGCGCAACAUUUAGACGACCGAGACAUCAAAUGGUUCCAAUGUGAAGUGUGCCCGUACAAAACUAAAGAAAACUCGAAAUUAAAAAGACACGUGAACGUGCACCAUUUAAACGAAGACGAUAUUAAGUGGUACGAAUGCGCCGAGUGUCCAUAUAAAGCUAAAGAUACGUCGUCGUUAAGCAAACACACGAACUCGCGGCAUUCCAACGACGAGGACAUUAAAUGGUUUCAAUGUGACAAGUGUCCCUAUAGAGCUAAAGAAAACUCGAAAUUGAAAAGACACACGAGCGUGCACCAUUUGGACGAAAAGGAUAUUCAGUGGUAUGAAUGCAAAAAGUGUUCUUUUAAAAGCAAGUAUAAGCCGUCUUUGAAGACCCACAUCAAUGGACAUCACGUGGACGAAGAGUGUGUUAAGUGGUUUCAGUGUGAACAGUGCGAGUACAAAACUAAAAUCAAUUCGGUGUUGAAGAGGCACGUGAAUGCGCGACAUUUGGGUGAGGGGGAGACUAAAUGGUAUGAGUGUGAAAAGUGCCCCCACAAGUCCAAGUACAAGUCGAAUUUGACGAAGCACGUCAACAAACACUUGAAAAAAUAAUUGAGUUGUUAAAUUAGAGAGUGUAGAAUAAAUUGAAGGUUUUUGUUUUUGAAAA